AGAAGGGAUGCUCUGAACGCAAGACUGCAGCAUCUUCACCGAGAGAACGAGCAGGAAAAAACGUCUCUUUCUCUGUGUGUUCCUCCAGCUCCGCGUCUCCGGACCCUCUUCACCCACCCCGUCACCCCUGGGUGUCUUCAUGCUCGGAGCCAGGACAGGAUAAGAAGAAAGAAAUUAUAAUAGCCUACCAAUAACGCAUCGGAUUUUUUUGUAUUAUCAUUGCCUCACCGACCUUUUCUUUCUUUCUUCUCUCUUCGGCUGAUUUUGCGUCUUUGUCUUUCGGCAUUGUUUUUUUGUUUUGUUUUGUUUUAUUUAUUGUUCGGUUUCGCUGGCCGUUGCAGAGGAGCGCCACCAUCCUGCACUGCCUGACAUGAGUAUGCUCUUUUAUGUGGUUGCAGCGGAAUGACACACAUAUCCUAGCCCGCAUAUCAGACGGUUGAUGGAAGAUUGACGUUCCACUUGCACGUUUUCAGUAGCCUAGCUCAUUCUCCAUCCGCAGAGGUUUCGGAUUUUUCCCUCCUCUGACUCGACCAUCCGCCGCUCCAGCGUUUCUUUCUUUCUGACACUGCGCAGCAUCUCUGUACGCACGGCGCACCACGGAGAAACGCGCAGCUAACCUUCCCCGUCCGCAAGAAACAGGCGUAUUUUCCAAUUCCCAAAUCGCUUUCGCCUUCUCCAAGGACUCAUCUGCACGGCUACGCUGCGUAAAAAAACGGGAAAAGGGGGGAUUUAAACGCAAACGCAGCCCAAGCAUCCAAGAGCAAGCUCGAAAAUGAUGGCCGGCGGAGCAGUACAGCAAAACGGGAUUUUUUCAAAUCCUCACCAUCACAAUCAACAACCACACAUGGAGUCCGAUCCCCCGGACUCACGUAAAAGACCCCUGGAGACUCCGACGGAGGCCAGCAGCACCAAACGCACAAACACGGGAGUGGCCUUCCUGCAGCCCCUAUUUGAAACUGAAGGCAUUGUAUUCCCUCACCAAGAAACUGAGACUCAUGAGGAAGGCGAGUACUUCCUGAAGGUUUUGAUUCCCAGCUAUGCGGCGGGUUCUAUCAUCGGUAAGGGAGGUCAGACCAUCGUCCAGCUGCAGAAAGAGACUGGAGCCACCAUCAAACUGUCCAAAUCCAAAGACUUCUACCCCGGGACGACAGAGCGGGUGUGUCUGAUCCAGGGGACAGUGGAGGCGCUGAACGGCGUCCAUGACUUCAUCGCUGAGAAGGUGAGGGAGAUGCCUCAGAGCACCCAGAAGACAGAGCCGGUCAGCAUCCUGCAGCCACAGACCACCGUCAACCCCGACCGCGUCAAACAGGCCAAGCUGAUCGUCCCCAACAGCACGGCAGGGCUGAUCAUCGGUAAAGGUGGAGCGACAGUCAAGGCAGUGAUGGAGCAGUCUGGGGCAUGGGUUCAGUUAUCCCAAAAGCCAGAGGGCAUCAACCUGCAGGAACGUGUGGUCACCAUCAGUGGGGAGCCUGAGCAGAACCGCAAAGCUGUGGAGAUCAUUGUCCAGAAGAUCCAGGAGGAUCCACAGAGCUCCUCCUGCCUCAACAUCUCCUACUCCAACAUCACAGGGCCUGUUGCCAACUCCAACCCCACUGGCUCCCCAUAUGCCAACUCAACAGAGGUCAUGCCGGCCGCAGCAGCUGCUGCAGCAGCCACAGCUUCCUCUCUGCUCGGCCAGGCCAGCCUGGCUGGGGUCGGGGCCUUCCCUACGACCAUGUCAAGCCUCUCAGGCAAUGACCUACUGGCCAUCACCUCUGCCCUCAACACCCUGGCCAGCUACGGCUACAACACCAACUCCCUGGGCUUGGGGCUGAAUCCCGCUGCAGCCUCAGGGGUGUUAGCAGCUGUAGCAGCUAAUGCUAACCCAGCAGCAGCUGCUGCAGCUAAUUUGUUAGCAUCCUACGCAAGUGAUGCGUCCACAAGUGCAGCUCAUCCAGCGGCAGGUCUCGGAGGCUUCUCCCUGGGAUCCCUUGCUGCUGCUACGGGGGCCACCAAUGGCUACUUAAGUGCUGCAUCGCCCCUGGUGGCAUCAUCUCUACUGGCCACAGAGAAGCUAGCAGAGGGAGCAAAGGAAGUGGUCGAGAUUGCCGUGCCAGAAAACCUGGUAGGAGCCAUCUUGGGAAAAGGAGGGAAGACGCUAGUGGAGUACCAGGAGCUGACUGGCGCCAGGAUCCAGAUCUCCAAGAAAGGCGAGUUCAUCCCCGGAACUCGGAACAGGAAGGUGACCAUCACGGGUUCCCAGGCUGCCACGCAGGCUGCACAGUACCUGAUCAGCCAGCGAAUCACCUAUGAGCAGGGGGUACGCGCCACCAACCCACAGAAGGUGGGCUAAACCUGACAGCCAAUGAGAAACGAGGAGGAAAAGAGGAAAAAAAAGAGUGGGGGCUUGGGGGAGGAGUAUAAAAAAGUGAGAGUGAGAAUGGAAAAAGGAGAGGAGAGCAAGAAUGUCAGAAGGAAUCGUCCACGCCGUUUUCUUCUGCGUGUUUUCAGUAUUCUCUAUUAAAAAAAAUUUUUUGACGCGAAGCAAAAAUGUGCUGAGAAGACGAGGAGGGAGAGGAGCGAGUUAUCACGCUGAAAAACCAAGAAAAAAAUGUGUAACAUGUAAAUAAGGUUUUAUUACUUAACGUCUUGACCUUUCGGGAUUUUUUAUUGUUUUGUUUUAUUGUUUUUUUGUUUUGUUUUGUUUAGUAAAUUAAGCUGUCUGUUUGUCCGUUUGUGUAUUGUGUGGACAAAGCUGAAUGCCAUGUAGACAGGCCGACUGCCUGAGAGGCUACAGGAAGUAGGGGGAGGGAGGGAAGGGCAUGGGCGCAGAGGGGGUGAGGGUUUGCAUUUACAGGGUACAACCCUCCACCCCCCCUACCCAAAAUCCCUUAUGGAAACAAGCCUCACCCCUCCCUCCCCCUGCAGCCCACACCCGUCACCUUCCCGUAGGGUUUUUGUUUUUCUUCGAGUUUUGAUUUGCCCCUCAGCCCCUUUCCCCACCUCCUCCCAAAGCCUCUCUCACUACUUGCCCACAGCCUUGCCCCGCCCUCACCCCUUUUCCCCAUUUUACAAGGGUUUUAUAAUGAGCAAGACUGCAAACUUAAACCUGGUGUGUGAGAGAAGAAGCGUCCUCAAAUCCCCCCAGCCCCUUUCAUUCUCCCCCUCCCUGCCUAUGAUCUCACCUCCCCCCUCCUCCCUUCUUUCUGGAGGAUGAAGGAAGGGUAAAGUGAAAUUGGGGAGGGGUGUGGGGGGAGAGAAUCAGCUGGGCGUUUCUUCAUUUGCACACCAACCCCCUGUAUACCCUGUGAUGUAUCCCACAAGCAGUGCAGCGCCGCAGGGGUGUUACGGCACAUAGCGCCCCCCCAUACGCAGCUCUAGUGUUUGAGAUAGAAUGCCGAGGCGCACGCUGAUGACCUCACGUAGUGCGAAACCGACGAGAGUGAUACUGUGCAAGCUGCGGCAAACACACAGGAUCUAUGGCAUUUUUUGCAGUCUGCUGUGAUAAUUCUGUUAAUGAUAUUGUCAUGAUUAUUACGAUAGGAAUCAUCACCAUCGUCAUUAUUUAUUAAUGAGUUCACCCAUAAAAAGCUCAGUUGUUUCGUUUUUUUUUUAUCUGUGAAUUCAGGUUGACAUGAAUGUAAAUGAGACUAUUUUUGAUUUGAAUCUUUUUGUUUUAAUUUAAGUGGAUUGAAGAUGAAUAGUAAUGUCACAUAGUGUAAUAUAUGUCUUAUUUAAGUCCAGUAAGAAAGCCGCCCCAGGCAUUAAUAUCAUACAGUGAAGGAUCAACUUAUAUAUCCAGUCAACGAGCAGAACAGGGAACACACAUACACACAUGCACACACACUGAAACAAAACACUAUGAUGCCAUAUUUGGUGCUAGAAAAGGGAAUUCACCAUAUCUAUGAUGCAGACUGCAGUGAGACCUCUAGAUUAGCAAGGAAAUAUCUGUAAACCACUCACACCACAGGCUGCAGUGCAGCGUCUUAGCAGCUAUAUUAUCCUGAAACGCCUGGUCAUCAUGCUCGGCUAUCCUAGCUCAUGCUCCAAAAUAUCCCCGCUGUUCUAAAUCUGUAGUAAAAUGCCCUGUUACAGUUUGCCUACAAUGUAAAAUUGUAACUGAAAUGAAUAAUUGAGUUGAGCUGAGACAAAUUCUCAGAUGAACUGUUACUGCUCAGCCUGUGGUCCUCUUUAGAUGAACCCAAACCACAGGCUAGAUCAAGCAAGAGCACUUAAGACUCACAACGUACUACUGAGAAAUGCAAACAUUGAGAAAAACGUAACACUGAAACAUGACGAGGGAACAUUUUUCGUCUGCAAGCCUCACUAGUCGAUUUGCUAUUGUAAGACGGCAUGCAUAUCAGUAAAGGAGAUUAAUAGCCUCACUGAUCUUUGCCCUUAUCAAGCAACCGUCCGACUGCAGAUGAGGUAAAAGGGCAGACAUGAGAGAUUUUCAACAUAUGUCCAGGGAGUUGAGCUCGUUUCUGCCUCUGGCAAACUGCAGGUCUCCCAUGGCAACAGGUUUACUGCCCACUGUAGACCCAGGAGGCUGCUGAAGAUGCUGUUGUUUCUUUUGUUGUUAAUUUUUUUGUUUGUGUCGUGUUAUUAUUAUUAUUAUUUUUUUUUUUUUUUACAAUCGGAGUACACUGAAUUUUUUGUCUUAAUGCACUGUGAAGCGAGGGAGCGGUUCUCCCUGCCUAUGAGGUCAGGGAUGUGUGCUGUAGAUGGCAUUGCGAUUGGAUGGUUUUUGUAUGGCAGGGAAAAAUAAACACAUAUAUGAAAUAUAUGUAGAAUGCAUAUGAAGAACUUCAACAGAAAUGUACGUCAUAUCUGAAUACUGAAGGAGGAGAAAGAGACUAGGUCGAUGAAGAGGAUCAAUCAAUUGAGGUCACGAGUUGAGAUCAAUUAGAUUCUACUUACCUGUUGUCCUGGAAAAGUGUUUUGUAAUUAUAGGGUGGGAUGUUGGGGGAGUGUUAGGUGUCCAGUAGCAGAUUAAAGAGACUGGAACAAAUUAUAAAUUCACUUUUCUAUCGCAGCUGUGUCUUUUUCAUAAACAGUUGAAAUUGAUAAUGUACUGUACAUCCAAUGGGCAAAUCUCUGGACAGAUAUUUAAGUCCAACAGGAGUUAAAGUGUGACGGAAUGUGAAAUGCCAAAAGGAGGAGGGGGUGCAUUUGAUUUAUUGACCUAAACAGCCUGGUGAGGGGAGGGAACUCCUCUAAGAUUAAAAAAACAACAACAGACUUUUAAUUCUUUUUAAACCAAUCCGAUCCAAAAUCCUCCACUGUGCUAUCGAAUGUGUCACUCUCUGUUGGAGCGCCAGUGAGGGUUUAUCUCCACAGCUUGGUAAGGAGGCUUCUUUACUCCCAUCUAACACCAUCCACACUCUCCUCACCCUCCCUCCCACCCGUCCUCAGUCCUCCAGUGCACUCCCAUCCUGACACCCCCUCUCCUCCUACUACAUCGCUCCAUGGGUGACUAUGUCUGGUGUUACGAUCAAUGCAUGUCUGCUGCUUGCCCUGACAAACACCACAGAUUGAGUCUCUCUUCGCUUUGCCUCCUCGGGCGGCUGAGGCUCGGAGACGCCCUGAUGCACCACCAUCAGAAAAUGACCACACCUGCAGAGGAAGUUAGAGUUGAGGCUGGCAGGGCACAGUGUACAAACACUCUUAGCUGUAGUUUGGAUCAGUGCGUUUUAUUUCAUAAUACUGAAGAGAAACAUUUGGAAUACCUUGCUGCACAAACAUAAAACAUACACAUAUCAUGAGGGAAUAUUUUGUCAUUGAUGGGGUUUGACUGGAUUUAUGUUUGAUAUUUUGUGGCAAAAACCUCAUGAGACCAUAGGGAGAUUGUUGUAGUAGUAGAUAGUGUGCUGUUGUUCCACUGUAGAACUGUACUGUGCUGUAAGCAGUGAGUAAUGAUUUUACAGUUUAUAUUUAGUUAGCAUGUUAGGUCAAGUAUGAGCAGGCAAACUAUCAUUUAUAAAGCAAAAAUGGCAAACAUUUACUGAUUACAGCUUUCCAAAUGUGACGAUCUGCUGCUUGUAUCAUUGUAUCAUCAAUUGAAUAUGUUUGGGUUUCGGACUGUUCGUCAGACACAAAAAAACAAUUUGUAGACUUUUCUGGGAACAUGUGACAGGCAUUUUAUACUUUUUUUCUAAAAUUGUACAGGACUUAAAUAUUGAAUUCAUUUAAAUUAAUAUUUUAAAGAUUAAUACUGAAUUGAAAAUUAAUUCCUUGGACAAACCUGCUUCUAUGGUAAAUCAUUGGUUUGAGAUUCUUUGUCAAAAACACAGCAUUUUUAGUUUGUUGUCCAAUUAGUCUCAUUGCUAGAUUACUUUGGAUGCAGCACAGUGUGUUUACAGUGGAAAAACAGGUGCCAGUUGAGCUGAUUUAUACUUGACGGAUUUCUUUUUCAUCUCAUUAAUUCAACCUUAGAAAACAUCUUUUCCUGGUCUGUCUUUUACACAGCGGCCAAUCUCUUCAGUUAUCUUAAUGUUAGGGGAUCGAGAUAAAAUGUGAUGAGUACUGGAAGCAAUACACGUAGUGGCAUGUCGUCCUGUCCUUUAUCCUCUGUCUGCCGUAGGAGCUUUGGAUUUAGAUGUUGAGUAGGUUUACAUGAGUACAAUUUUUUUUAAUUUGUGGAAAAUGCUGCUAUUUAAUAAUAACUGAUGUACUAAAAAUACAAGGUUAAAACAUAUCGAAAUCUGUCCUUUAGCUGGAGAGCCUAGUCUCAAGUGGCAGUGUAAUACAAGCUCUAUUAUAAGCUGACGAUAAGUUAAUAAUAGUGUAAUUCUAACCUGAACAAGUUAAACCUGUGCCAAAAUAGGUAUUUGCAGAGUGAAACUGUAAAUGUGUUGAUUUAAAUCACAUUAGAUAAGAGGAGACAUACUUUUAUAUUAAGAAAAUGUGAAAAGUGCCAAAUGAACCAUAUUUAUAAUUUACGUAGGAAGGGAAUAGUCCAUGUGACACUUUUUAAGAACUAAGUAGACUGUCAAAGCGCCUCAGUAUAGCAGUUUGUUUAAGCCCUCUCUGUUCCUGCCACAAGAGGACGCACCGCCAUGUUAGCAAAGUGUUAGCCAGUCCUCUGGGAACUACACGUCCCAGAAUGCAACAGCACUAUGACUCUGGGGCUAGACAAAUCAAUAUAGCGAUAGGUUAGCAUAAUUAUGCUAAAUAAAAAAUGUGACUUGAUAGCAUUCUUAAAUACAGCCUUUUAUAGUUACAAUGAAAAUGUAUUUUGUGGAAAUAGAUGUUAUCUUUUUUGCACGUCUAUAUUGCAUGAUAUCAAAGUGAAGCGUGGACUAAAAAAGGAAAAAAAAAAUCAAAGAAACAAAAAAGAAGUGAUAAAAAAAAAUUAGGCAGUGUGUGUCAUUCAUUUUUUCGGAGACAAAUCUUUGCAUGCCGAUAAGGGUAGAGCAUUUUGAUAUUGUUUUACACGCGUUCAAAUGUUUGUUGUUUGAGUCCUGGUCCACCGGAACAAAGGUGAACAAAAUGUUUGAUUUUGACGUUACAACAGAAUGAGUAUUUUGUCGUUAAGUUGUCUAACCAUCCUCAGAGGGAUACAAAUAAAUCUCUCGAACAAACCUAAGACUAUUUUGCUACUUGCUAAGCGAGCUUGUACUAAAAAGUUCUCAGUUGCUGCCUAACUUUAGACAGAAAGAAAUCAGGAUUUAAUUUCAAAUCAAGACUGAGAUUGUCCAUGAAUGUACUCACCUCUGCAUAAGUUUGCAUAUCACUCCUCUGACCAUUGACGUGCAGUAGAGGCUUACGUGUGUUUUCGUGUGUUUUUGUAUUCUAACAUUACUAACCCUCGACACACUGUGUUGAGCUCUUAGUAUAACUCUGUUGUCUGUCCUUUUACAACCCCCACACUCUGAGCUCUGGCUUGUCUUGUCAUUGAUAUGCACCUUAUUGACCUCAAAUAUGACAUGGAGCAUCUCUCGACCCGCCCAGUGCAUUUCAGUGGGGUUGGAAGAGAGUGGUAAAGAGUGUGUGAGAAAGAGAGGUGAAAACUCCCCUCCCUCACCUACAAAUCCCCCCUUUAAAAAAAACACACACACAAGUCUGUCUGCUGCACUCUCGGUCUCCCUCGGGUGCCUCGCUGCAGAAUUUGGGACAGAUUGUGUUUUCACUUCCUUAAUAUGCAAUCCAAAGCUCUGAUCUCGGGGAGAGAAACAACACUGAACAUUGCCAGUGUGUUUUCUGUCUCUUUCUCUCUCUCUAUUUUCCCAGCUCACUUCAAUUGGAUGCUUUAUUGGCUUCAGUGUCAAACAGAAAAAAAAAAGAAAUUUUGCCAAAGUCUGUCCACCUCUCUCCCUCUCUCUCUCCUUAUUAUGCAACCAGAGUAUUUCCAGUGCGGUCAUGUUUUGUAUCCUGACAGAUGUUGUCAUGGGAGAUGGCCCGCUUCCUACAAAACUCCCCAAAAGAAAAAAAAAAAAGAAAAAUUUCCAUUUCUGCUCCUAGCGACAUGUUUGCACUAAACUCUCUGCUGUUACUGUGCAUGGCAGGCCGAGCUGAAGGUGGGGGUCAGUGUGCGAGACUACUGUAGAUGUGUAGCCUUACUGUAGGUGUUUAUCCAGCAGUGUAUUAAGAUGUGCAUGCUCUUCUCUCUCUCUCUCUCUCUCUCUCCCUCUCUCUGAGUUUGUCUGCUUUAGGCCAGCUCCGUGCCCGUGCUGUCUUGUGUUGCGACGUAGCCGGCUAGUCAUGUUACUUUUCCUUUCUGUUUUUAUUGUGAUGUGUAGAGGAAUGCAAACUUAACUCUCACCUGCUCGCCAGGUGACCUCAUUGCUUCUCAGUGGGUGUGGCUCUUUGACAUAGUUCUCAGAUCUUGUUUUUUUUUGCCCCUCCCCUCCACCGCCACCUCCACAAACUCAAACCCACUCUCACCCACACCCACCACUGACCCUCCCACCUCUUCAAACAUCUGCUAGGACAUAUUAUGGGACCCCGCUCCUCCCCUUUUCCACCCCCUCUUCCUCCCCCAACUCGGGCCCCAUCGAAGCACCAGCAACUGUAGACUGCAUUUGUCAUAUCACUGUUUUUCUGUUCCUUCUUCUCUGUUGAUUUUUUUCCUGGUUUUGAUUUGUACUGUAUGCUCUGUCUAACCUAGACCAGUUUUAACAAAAUGCCAUUUCUGUGUGUAGCCUGUUUACCCCUCCCACACACACACACACACACACACACACACACACACACACUGUUCCAUGCCCUCUUUUUUGCACUUUCACUGCCCACUCCUCCUCCUCGCCCAAACAUACACACACUUUCCUCCUCCGCCUCCCACGAGUCUCUUCUCUCGAGUGCCAAAAUAGAACAGAGAGGAAAAAACAAAACAAAAAAAGACAACAACAACAACAACAACUACCAUUCCAAGCGUUUCUUUGAGUUGUUCUUGUGUGUCGGACAUCCAUCCUGGAAGCACCCAUGAAGCCAGCAUGCUCCGCCCUCAUAACAUGAUGUCGCUCAUGACGCCUCAACUGAACAGCACCUUGCCCCCCACCACCACCACUCCUCCUCCUCCUCCUCACCACCCCCCACAGAGCUAAACCCGACAAGGAUUAACCCUUCUGCAGGUUGGCUACCUACCUACUGUCCUGCCUCUCAACCUACCUAAAAAAGCCCUACCGCUCAUGCCAGCUGCUUUCCUAAUUCUGUCAUCUCUUCAGCCUGUGGGACUUCAUUGAUUGUGUGCCAUAGUGUUGGGGGCACCUUUCACUCUCCUCACCUCCCCCUCUUUCUACCCCCUCCCUCACCUUUUUCUCUCUUUCUAUCCCCCCCUCCCUCUCUCGCUCUCGCUCCAUUUGAUUUUUCUCGAUGGGAAAGAUUCAAAAACUCCAUUUUCUAAUGAUGAUUUUUUUUGUUGUUGUUUAACAUCCAAACCACGCACGCCGACACACGCACCGCCCCCACGUGGUGGUGUGGGGAGUGUUUACGCACCGUCAGCUGCGCAGCCAUCCUCUGUCUUCUUGAACUUUUUGAACUUUCACCCCCUCAUGAACUUUAUUGACCUUCUUCCUCCUCCUCCUACCCCCCUUCUGUGUUCAUCCAACUGUUUGGACGAUAACUCUCCAUUCCAUCCCCAAAACCUCUCUGAGACUGUGCAAUGCUAGCUGAUAUGAUUGGAUUUUUUUGUUUGUUUGUUUGUUGCUCAUCAUUGGGGACAAUUCUCUGAGAUAUAAGUCGAAAAAGAACAAAAAGAAAAAAAACAUAUGAAAGGAAGAAAAAAAACAUAAAAAAGAAAUGCAGACAAACAAAAAAAAAGAAAAAAACACUAAACAACUGUUUCUCCACAAUUUCAUUUUUUUUCUCUCUCAUUGUAAAUAUUUUUGUCAGAUUUUUGCCGAGCUGUAAAGAGAGAAGUGUUGAGCAGAAAGGGGCCGGCAGCAUAAAGAGGUACUAGUGGACGCGGUAACGAUCAUUACACUUCAUCCUCUGUAUCCGAUAGUUAGGUCUGCCUGUAUAAUCGGCUAUGCUAGUUCUACUGUGUUAACCUGUGCUGUUGUUAUUAGUGUUGAUUUACCUACUGUAUUCGCUGUUUAGCUUCCAUGUUGGUUAGCAAACUCUUUAGAUACCUGUGCUCAUCGAAUAAUAAUACUAACCUUGAGAAGUAGUCCGAGCCAUUCUCAACGUAGGCUUGUUUUUGUACAUUUGUUGAUGUUUUCCUAACAGUGAGUUGUAGUGGCGCUAGUAUCUUUUAUCAUCAAGCCAUAGUUAUUGAAAAUGCUUGGUCGUGUUAGAGACAUAUCAUCGUGGAAAACAGCUCGACUCGGCUCCUCCAGGUUUGAAAAAGACACCCAGGGAGGUGGCGAGAACAAAAUUUUAAAAAAAAAAGAAAAGAAAAGAAACUAAGCUCCUCCCGGGCUACAAAACGAGGAAGCUGAGCUGCUAACUUUUGUGCAAUACAGUCCUAGUUUACAUAACAUAGAAUGAUAGUUUAGAGAUGAUUAACCUCUGCAGGUGCCACUCAGCCAUCCUACUACCUGCAGAACCAAACUUGUGGCAUAUCUCCAUAUUUCGCCUGUACAUCAGAGACAUUUUGAAAGUAUUAACUGCGUGAGAUUAGACUCCACCAUUUCAUCGCAUUGCUCUGAGCUCCACUCUUGAUUUAUGCUGCCUGCCCCAUUGCCCUGAGAACACCACAUGAGCUAUUUAUUUCUCAGACUAUUAUUAUUAUUAUUAUACUAUUAAUAAAUAACAACGCAACAAGAAAAAGGGAACGACUGGAAAAAGGUGAAUUAAUAUUAGUAUUGUUUUGUUUUUAUUUUUAGUAUUUUAGUGGUUGCUUUUAACAACAUUCAUUAACUGACUUAAAGAGUAUUGAAUAUUUAAUGUAAUUGUAGCAUUGUGUUUGUAAAGAGAAAAAAAACCUAGUGAGUUGUGUUUCUUGACUUGUGGAUUACCAGUGAAGUGGGCAAUCUAGUGCUAAUAUAUAUGAGGUCUUUUUUUAAGGAUUCUUAUUUUGCGACAGCAACAGCAGUCAUUAUAAAUGUUCAUUUUAGCAUCA